GAUCGGAUUUAUUUCGAGAACCUCGGGUCGACCAUCAGGGAACAUCGACCGUGUCAUUUCCGGUUAUCUACGAUCGGGGGUGUCACACUAUGUGUGGCUGUAUUGUCUGUUGUUCUUGGCUCUAAUUAGCUUAGAUUGAGUUUUGUGUAGUUACAUUUCAUUUUUCUGUUUUUUGUCUCCUCUGUAGUUCGGUCAAAAACUCUAAAACUUGAUAAUUAAUCUUUAACAUUUUUACCAGAAAAAAAAAUGAAAAACUGCAUCUCUCACAUCAACCAGGCAAUAGUACAAUCAACUUGAGAAGUUACAUCAAACCCAAAACUGCAAAGAGUAAAAAAAACCGUCAUGGCAAAAAGAGUAGAAACCUUGGAUAAGUCAAUAAUAAUAUUGAGAAAGUGGUCUAGAAAGUUGCAUUCUGCACUGGCUCGGUCGCCAGUAUGGGCCGUGUGGUACCUCCUUCCAAGCUGCCAAUGAGCAAUAGACAAUUAUUUUGAAUACACUCUGAUAGCCCAAUUCCAUAUACUAACAAGAGCUACCUGAUCAAACGGCAACACGAUAAUUGCUUGAAUAUGAUUUUAAUAUCUCCACUUUUUUUUGAACUGAACAUCAUCUCCACUUUUGUAAUAACAGACUUUAUAAGCUUCAUUAUUAAUAUUUGAAUGGGAUAACAAAUAAUCAAUAAAGAUAACAAUAAUAAUUUGAUUUGGGAAUAAUAAACAAACCAAAAGGAAAAAAUUACGAAGCGGAUAGCAAAGCGUGUCUGACGCAAGAAGACUGACGUAAUACUCAGUACUGGUAAUACUAAUCAUUUCUUCAUAUUGAGGUUAAAUUUACAUUUUACGAAAUAAAAACAAUAUUUAUUUUUAGUCGGCAGAUAUACUACAUUUUGUCUUUCUACUAUUAGAUUGAUUGACAAUUGUAAUCCAAAACCUAAAUUCAUUUUUUUCCGGAAAAUUCAACGUAAUCGAUUUUUUUUGACAAAAACUUAAUCAAAUUAUUAUUUUCCAAAAGAGAGGAAACAUAUAAAGAACAUGUUAUAUGUUUCACAAAGCACCAAAACUUGAAGGGAAAAAAUCAAUUCUAAAUAAAGAGAAAUUGCGAGCAGAAAAAUUGUGGAUGAUAAUUAGCCACAAUACUAAGCCUAAGGGUCGUGUAAGAAAACACCAUCGCAUGCAUCUUCACCUUUUCAUAUUCUUUCCAAUUUCUAUUGCUCAUUCUUUAAAAGCUCAUUAGUUUUUUCUUGUUUCUUUAUGUUAAAUUUUGUUUUAUAGCUAUGCGUUCUAUCUAUUGGUUAUAUUACCACCAAUCGUUGCCCUCCACAUUAUUACACCGUCGACAAUUUUGUUAUUUUAGUACUAAUUAAAAACCUACAAAUCAACCAAAUCCAGGUCAUAACAUAAAUUUACGCCGCUCACCAUCAUAAAUAGAUAUGUAAAAAGCCUAAAUUCCAGCCUUUGUGUAAAAUAUCUAUCAAAAUAUCAUAUUGAAGAUAGAUAUUUUUGUUGGCCGUCAAGCUAAAAAAAGAAGAUAUUUUUGUUCCUUUUAGUUAUUCCAUCAUUUUCAAUAUUAAUUAUGUUUUAAAAGAUAUAUUUUCUAUCUUUAAUAUACUUUUUGUUAGGUAACAAUGGUAAAUUGUAAACUUACAAAAAAUUAAUUGUAUUUCUUAAAUUUUGUUUGGAUAUAGGUUGUACGAAAUAAUUAUUCACAAAAUAAUGUAUUAAUAAUCAUAUUUAAGAUGUUUUUUCAUAUGAAUGAAAACUCCAAAGCAUACAUCUCUUUGAAAUGGAGAAAUCAAGUUUCAAACCUUAAAAUGCAUAAUUUUAGUUUAGGAAACUGAUUUUUGCAGUCACCUGGUGAAUCAUUAGUGGCCAAAGUGAAUCGGGAUGUCUAUUAUUCAAGAAAAAGAAUAUACAUAAUGGUAUUUAAUCGAAAAGGACAAGAAAUAUAAACAAACAAAAUAUGUUACAAAAAAAUAAACAAAUAAAAUAUAGAAAAUAGUUGCAUUAAGAAUGGCAUCUCCCAAAUGGUUAUAUAUAGAGAUCCCUCCAUUUACUCUGCAUAUCAACAUAAAAUCACAUUUCUCGACAUAAUCGUUUAGUUAGUGUUCUUAGAGUUCUUGUGAAUGUCUUCUGAACAGGGUAGUGCAGCGAAUCCUUCAACGUCGCUAGACGUAGAAGGAACUGAAACAGUCCCUUUUCUCAGGCUUAGUCGAUCAAGAAGAAGUUCAGAAGCUCCAGCGAGGCAUCUUAGUUGGAGAUGGAGAGCCACGGCGGCUCAGAAGGUUUAUUCCUUAAAGCUUUACAACGCUCUCCGGCGUUCACGGCGGAGCACAACGGUCCGAGACACGGCCAACAAAAUGCUUGCAGCUACGGCUCGUGGUACUACUCGGUGGAGCAGAGCCAUUUUGGUGAGUCCACUCGGGAAUGGUCUGUACCGGCACAAGAAUACAAAGCCGGCGUCUACGGCCAGGGGAGACGGAGGAAGGAGUUGGAAGUUGUCGCCGGUGAGAACUCGGGUCAGAGUUCUAGGUGGGUUGGUGCCUGGCUGCCGGAGAACGGCGUUACCGGAGCUUUUGGACGAGACGGCGGAUUACAUAGCUGCGUUGGAAAUGCAAGUCCGAGCCAUGACAGCUCUGUCCAAGAUACUGUCUGAGUUUCAGCCGUCUCAUAAACUCGGCUCGGCGUUAUAGCCAAUGUGUGUAAUAUUUGUUUUGAUUAAUUAUUUUACAAAAUUAUGAUCCGAAUAUUUUUAAUCAAUUGUUUGCAAUGAAAUUGUUUUGUUGUUUGUCGUUCGAAGUGUUUUGGUGUCAUUUCAUAAGUUUUAGUUGUAAAUAUUUUUUUUUACAAAUUUUGGACAUCAUAGUGUCUCAAAUAUUAAUAGACAAGUAAUUAUCAAA